UCUCUCUCUCUCUUACGCACUUUCAGAGGCUCCAGGAGGCUGCGUGUGUGUGUUUUUUUCCCCCGGACAGAGGAGAGGAAGGUCCGAGCACCUGUCAGGAGAGAGAAGUGUUCACGUAAAGACUUGAUAUGAUGAAAGCAUCAGGAGGCUGCGUGCUGAGCCAUGGACGCGCUGCAAUAACGCGCCUGUGACCAAAGAAGUGCAUGAAGUUCUUCUGCCGCCGCUGCUGCUUUGUUUUUGUCUACCUCUUCUUUUUCUUUCGCCUGAGCCGCAUGAGUUCGCCGCUGUUUUUAGGUCAGCUGGUGGGGGUUCCGUUAGAAAUAAUGCACCCCACCAUGGAGAAGGACACAACUUACACCAAGAUCUUCGUCGGCGGGCUGCCGUACCACACCAACGACGCGUCACUUCGGAAAUAUUUCGAGACUUUCGGGGACAUCGACGAGGCGGUGGUGAUCACGGACAAGCAGACGGGAAAAUCCAGAGGAUACGGCUUUGUGACCAUGAUGGACAGAGGCGCAGCAGAGCGGGCGUGCAAAGACGCAAACCCCAUCAUCGAUGGCAGGAAGGCCAACGUGAACCUGGCGUACCUGGGAGCGAAGCCUCGCAGCUCGCAGACAAGUCUCUCUGUUGGAGUUCAGCAAGUCCAUCCUACGUGGGCUCAGAGGCAAUAUGGGCUGGCCCAGCAGUACGUCUACCCUCAGGCUUUCCUGCAGCCCAGCCUAGUGCUCCAGUCCCACCUCAGCCCCACAGCAGCAGCAGCAGCAGCGCUCUCCUCCCCUUAUCUGGACUACAGCUCCCCCUACAGCCACUACACCCCCACAGGACUGGAGCAGUACUCGUACACGCCCUCGCCGUCCCCCUCCAGUGGUUACCUCGGCUACAGCUUCUCCCCCGGCACGCCGGCACCCUCCCUCGCCACAUCCCCGACCCCUCCGGCUGCCAUCCACCCUCCACUGGCUGCGCUCACCGCUGUGUCUGCCGCCCCGCAGGCCUUCCUGCACUAUCCUCUGCACCAGCCCGACCGCAUGCAGUGAGCAGCUCUGAGCUGGAGCUGCAGAGGAAUAAAAAAAAAAAAGGAAAUGAUGAUUCAAAACAGCGUGACUGUCAAGCUGUGUUGUCAUCGGGAUGAGACUGGAGAACCAGGAAGAGGGUGUGAUGUAAUCAAAGGGCUUUUUUAGAAACAUCUCUCAUUCCUGUUUGUUUUUAUAUAUAUAUAUAAUAUUAAUAAAAUACAUUUUCUGUUGUUUCAUCAGUAAAUGUUUUUUUCAUAAAUGGUAGACGUCAGGGACUGGACUGAGAUGACCGGUCGUCUUCUGGCCGCCUCUCUUGACCUGUUGACCCUCGCACACGCGAGGGAGCACACGCGGCUAAAGACAAUGAGGCGUACGUCUGCUGGACGUGACGCUGCAGCCGCAGUUUCUCCAAAGGUUCUGAGCUGAAUGCUGGAUUAUAGCCAAGCUGGGAGCCGGAUCCUUUUUCAAAACAGAAACACAGGUCCAGUUACCUCCUCAUCAAGGUUAUGUUUCUGUCUAUGGCCUUAGCUCUCUCUCUCUCCAUACUUAAUUUUGUCAUUUUUACUAGUCUCUCAUCUCGGAUGAACAAGAAGUUUAUUAGACUCCCCUUUUUGUUCUUUUUAUCCACUACUUAAGUUAUGUUGGUGAUCCAUGUUAAAACAGAAUAUGCAAUUAUGACGAUAAUGGACAAAUAUGACUCAGAUAAACAGCACUGGUGUAUUGUUAUUUUUUGUAUUGCCACUGCUGGAACAUCCCUCAGAGACAGACAUGGUCAAAGUCAUCUUUUGAGGAUAUUUUUCAUCUCUAAUUUGGUUUUUAUGAUAUUUAAAUUACACAGCUGUCCGUUACAUGUCAAGUAAAUUUGUCGGGAUGUCGUUUUUUUCGUUGUGUCUGAACGAGUGCAAGUGUCUGAGUCAGUUGCGACGGAGUACACACUCGCGUAAGAACCCAGCUUCUCUUUUCCAGCCCAUUGUACUGGUCUGAGUCUGUGCUUUGUCCUUUGUUUUUUGUUUCCCAUGUUGCAGAAUAAAGACAAAUGUUUUAGUGAUAAUGCCGGAGUCUCUCGGUGCUGUGGCACCAAUGUAGUAGUCAGACAUUUAAAAAAAAGCAAAAAAAAAAUAAGCCAUACAUCAAAUUUAACAAAUAUGCAAAAUAAAAAUAAAAAUGUGUAUUUCUUUCCAA